GCUAUCAUUCGUAAAUAAUUUGUGGCCAGGUUAGGUAUUAAGUUCCAGAUUUGAUGGUAGAUAGUUGGUCCAUUGUGCUGGCUUAAAUCGGUGAUAGCUUAUAAUAAACGGAAAGUUAAUAGUCUGGAUAGAAAUAUAGCAUUUUGUAACACGUUCAAUUAGCGAGUUAAAUAAAAAAAGUGAAAUUGCGUGUCGUGCGCGACUGAAAACGGAAGCAGAAAAAGUGAAACUAUCGGUUUAGGCGAUGAGCCAUCAGCAACGUCAUAAGUGAAAAAUUGCAAAGAAAAUUAAGGAAGUUUGUGCAGAGGCAAGAAAAUAUUACAAACAAAUUAUUAAAAAAGAAUUAAAGAGUACAGGGAAAUUGUCACAAUUAUUGACGCUCCUACAAAAAGCCAAAAAUCGUCCGUCUGUCAAUUGACUACUGUGGUCGGUUGGUGUUUGGCCAGAGUUUAGCAAUUUAUUAUAUAAUUGAUUUUUAUUGCUUAAACGAUUUUUGUUUUGAGUUUUCAAUAAAAUAAUCGAAUGCCAAUAGUUUUCGCGCGGACUUAACUACAGCAAAAAAAAACCCUAGGAGCUUUCAACUUUUGUGGCAAGCAAGCGAGAAAGUGCGAGAAACAAUCACAUAAUCAACGAUACAAUAAUUGAAAUAGGCAAGGCGCACCUGCGGCAUUUCAAAACGAACUGGAACAAAAGAUCACUACUGACUCACAAUUGUAAGUCAAAUGUCAUGGUAAUAACAAAAACAAUUUGCAAAAGCUCAAUUGUAAGUAAACGAAAUCAAAAAAGAAGACAAAUAGGAAACGGUGAAUUGUGAUUGUUUGCUCAGUGUAAGUAAAACGUCACCUGCGCUUGAAAAACGUCGACAUCAAACACUCAAAAUUGUUUGCAAACGGAUACGAAGUUUUCCUUACGCGUGCCCCUCACGCAACAUACACACACACACAACCAGGCACACACGCCGUUGCACCAGCUGUGGUGAUCCAUUAGAGGCACUGGAUGUGAUUGACUGACAUUUAAAACUAAAAUAUUUAUUUAUCACUGAAAUAAUUUGUUGCUUUCAACGAUUUCCUUCUACGCCUUCUCCACCAAUAUUUACCUUGUGGUCGGAUGAUAUAUAUUGUAUUGCUGACAUUCACGUUAAAUAUAAGAAAUAAAAAAAACAACAGUGACAAGAACGCCCUACAUUAUUUACAACGCAACGUUGCAGCAAACUUACGAUUGCAAAUUGCAACGUGUACAACAAGAGCAACAACAACGCGUACUCCAAGAUUCUCUAUUCAGGCCACACAUUUCGCACAUCGCCGCCAAAAUUGUACUUAAAUCAGAGAUUCUUCGCCAAAAUGAUUGGACGUUUAUUUCGUGCACACGGUGAAUUUUGUGCUUCCCAUCCGUGGGAGGUGAUUGUGGCGCUGCUAACACUGACGGCAUGCAUGCUGACAGUUGACAAACAAGCCGGCGGCAUUGGCGUCGGCGUUGGUGUUGGUCCUGACGUUGCUGGCAUGGGUACUGCCUCCACUGCAUCAUCGUCGUCGUCGUCAUCAUCGUCUUUGCCACCCUCAAUACCCAUCUCGUCAGCAACAUCUAGUCGACAACGACCGUGCCACGGUUGGAGUCAGUCGUGCGAUGGCCUGGAAGCCGAAUACAAUGCCGCCGAUGUGAUACUAAUGACGAUUGUACGCUGCACGGCAGUCCUCUAUUGCUACUACCAGUUUUGCAGCCUUCAUAAACUCGGUUCCAAGUACAUUCUAGGAAUCGCUGGUCUAUUUAUGGUUUUCUCGAGUUUUAUAUUUACAACGACUAUAAUAAAGUUCCUGGGCAGCGACAUCUCCGAUUUGAAAGAUGCCCUCUUCUUCAUGCUCCUGCUUAUCGACCUCUCAAAUUCAGGCACACUUGCACAAUUGGCACUCUCUGGCACAAAUCAAGCUGAAGUGACGAAUAAUAUUGCCCGCGGCUUAGAGCUGCUGGGGCCAGCCAUCUCGUUGGAUACGAUUGUGGAAACGCUUGUAAUCGGCGUGGGCACGCUGUCGGGCGUACAGCGUCUCGAGGUGCUUUGCACAUUCGCCGUUAUGUCGGUGAUUGUCAAUUAUGUGGUCUUUAUGACCUUCUAUCCAGCCUGUUUGUCACUCAUACUCGACUUGUCACGCAACGGCAUGGACAUGUCGAUGGUGCGUGCCAAAGCAAAAGACUCUAUACUCCUGAAGGCGCUGAACGAUGAAGAACAGAAAACGAAUCCGGUGGUGCAGCGUGUUAAAAUCAUAAUGACCACCGGUCUGAUGAUAGUGCACAUCUAUAGUCGCAUGGUGUUCUCGAGCACUGAAUAUGACACGGUGGAUAAGACGUUGACGCCACAACUGAAUUUAAAUAUGAACAGUAAUCGUACAGAAUCUGGUGAACUGACGGAUAUGAUUAUCAAAUGGCUUACUAUGAGCGCUGACCAGAUUGUCAUUCUCAUCCUUCUCAUUGCUUUGGUGGUGAAGUUCAUAUUCUUUGAGCACCGCAAUGACUUGCACGAUCAGCUACGCCAAACCACGGUCGCUCUAGCUGUAAAAUCAUCUCAAACUCAUCCCUUGAACGAAACCGAUAUUGCUGCCAUGGAAGCAAAAUCAUCAAAUGCCUUAGCUUCUACUUUGGAAACCACUGCCGACGUCUCGAAUAAAACUGAACUUGCCAUUAUAGUUCCUGAAUUGGUUGUGACGCCUCCCGACGCCGUCUCACGUCCACAUCGUGUUCCCCUAUUCACAAUCGACGAACAAGACUUUGUAAAUGCGUCCACACAAACCGAGUUCAUAAACAGCGCUGUCCAAUGUCUGCCACUGGAAACAUGCAAAGCCGAACCACAUCCACCGCGCCCGCUCCAAGAAUGCUUAGAAAUUCUUCAGUCCACCGAGGAAUGGGGUGGAGCCGCCAAUCUUACAGAUGAAGAAAUUAUCAGAAUCGUUAACACAGCCAGUCAUCAUUGCCCGCUACACAAGAUCGAAUCAGUACUGGAUGACCCGGUGCGCGGAGUUCACAUACGCAGACAAGUGAUUUGCGCACGUGCCAAGGUACCCACAGAGAGUAUGGAAUGUCUGCCUUACCUAAACUUCGACUAUCGUAAAGUAAUGAAUGCCUGCUGUGAAAACGUGCUGGGCUAUGUCCCAAUCCCAGUAGGUUAUGCAGGUCCUCUGCUGCUUGAUGGCAAUAAAUAUUUCGUGCCUAUGGCCACUACUGAAGGCGCAUUAGUCGCUUCUACUAAUCGGGGUUGUAAAGCACUAUCUGUGCGUGGAGUGACUUCGUAUGUUGAAGAUGUGGGCAUGACACGUGCACCUUGUGUGCGCUUCUCAAGCGUUACGCGUGCUGCUCAGGCAAAAAGCUGGAUCAAUGAUGAAAACAACUACAAAAAAAUCAAAACUGAAUUCGAUUCCACAUCGCGUUUCGGCCGCUUGAAGGAGUGUCUAAUCGCAAUGGAUGGACCACAACUAUAUAUACGCUUUGUGGCAUUGACAGGCGAUGCCAUGGGUAUGAACAUGGUAUCGAAGGGAGCUGAAAUGGCAUUGAAAUGCAUCAAAGAAGAAUUUCCCGACAUGCAGAUCAUAUCGUUGAGUGGAAACUUUUGCUGCGACAAAAAGCCGGCGGCAAUAAAUUGGAUUAAAGGGCGUGGUAAGCGUGUGGUAACCGAAUGCAUCAUUUCGGCGCAAACUCUGCACACUAUACUGAAAACGGACGCCAAAACGCUGGUGGAAUGCAAUAAGCUGAAGAAUAUGUCCGGCAGUGCUAUGGCUGGUAGCAUAGGAGGCAAUAAUGCUCAUGCAGCCAACAUGGUGACGGCCGUCUUCCUCGCCACCGGCCAAGAUCCAGCGCAAAAUGUGACAUCGAGUAAUUGUUCCACCGGCAUGGAAUGUUGGGGUGAUAACAACGAAGAUUUAUAUAUGACCUGCACAAUGCCUUCGCUGGAAGUGGGCACCGUCGGUGGUGGUACCGGUCUACCUGGUCAGGGUGUAUGUCUCGAUAUGCUAGGCGUACGCGGUGCGAAUCAAGCGCAUCCUGGUGAGAAUGCAAAGAAACUGGCACAAAUCGUGUGCGCCACAGUUAUGGCGGGCGAACUGAGUUUGAUGGCAGCACUGGUUAAUAGUGAUUUAGUAAAAAGCCAUAUGCGUCACAAUAGGUCUUCCGUAGCAGUCAACGGCAAAAUGAUGCCACUCAACGUGACCCUGUCGAGUUGUAGUAACAUUAGCUAGGCUGCGACAUAAGCUCCAUUUAUUAAACCAACACUUCUUGACUCUACAUUUAUUGUUCAGGCAAGAGUUAUAAGCACCAAUUUCGUUAAAAAAAGCACAACGUCAGCGGCCAGCAGCAACGAGCGAUCGCGAACUGUGAUUGUGCAUACCUACUUUUAGAUAUACAAAACAAACGUUAUGAGUAAAAACUAUGCGUUGAAAACAAGAGGCCAAAAAGUCAAGCAUCUAUCUACAUUAUUUCUCCAAAAAAAGAGAGCAAGCAAAAUAUGUACAUAUAUGUGACACUAUUAAACUCGAAAAAGAAAAAAAAUAGUAGUUUGUUAAAUUUGCAACGACAAUUAAAUCUAUACGAAGUGAUGUUCUAACAAUAGUUAGUAUAGUGAGAAUGAGAUACGAGAGCGCCUGAUAACUCACGGCCUAAGGUACUUAAUGAAUGAAAAGUGCGUUUUUAUAUUUUUCAAUUUCUCAAUGUAAAACACCCCGAGUGAAAUAUACUAUUCGCGUCGUGAACAUAAUACCUUUCUAUCUCUGAAGGAAAAUUCUUUUUAUUCAUCAUCAAAAUAGAUUUCUACGACUGCUUUCAUUCAUUCCCGUAACUUUUUUGUUAAAUUUAAAAAAAAAAAAAAAACCAAAAAGUCACUGUAAGCCGGGUCCGAACUGUAAGGU